GAGGAGAUUAGUCAUUCCGUGAACUGUAGGUAACUGGGGCUAUUGAUUUCAGAUGGAUUUCCGCGAUUCACCCUCUUUCUCCGUACCUACCUGGUACGACAAACCGUUCCCACCGAACUUACAACUCCAUCAGUUAUGGAGUAGUUAAUUUUCUCCUUUAACAAUUUUGGAAAAGUCUUCUUCGUCGUCUCCUGUGACUGACAAGACCUUUCCAUUCUCUCACUAAAACCUCUCCCUCCCUCUCUCUCUCUCUCUGGGUUUAUUCAGCUGGAAUUGCCUACGCCCUACGGCACAAAAGAGUUCAAUUUGGCAGGACGUUCAUAUGACCUGGGGUUACCAAGGACAUAUACCAGAAGGUGUAAUGAGUUGUUUUUCUAACUGUUUUGGAAAGGAUGCUUCCCCACCUAAGCACACAAUUGACAUUGAUGAAGAGAUUUCAGGCAUCCAAAAUGUUAAACUGUACACUUACAGAGAAUUGAGUAUUGCCACCGGGGGUUUUAGUCCAGCAAACAAAGUUGGGGAGGGUGGUUUCGGUUCCGUGUACAAGGGAAGGCUCAAAGAUGGAACUAUGGUCGCAAUAAAGAAACUUUCUGCUGAAUCAAGGCAAGGGCUUCAUGAAUUUAUGACAGAGAUAAUUGUGAUAUCAGAUAUAGAGCAUGAAAACUUGGUUAAGUUGGAUGGUUGUUGCGUGGAAGGUAGCCAUCGAAUUUUGGUCUAUGGCUAUCUUGAAAAUAAUAGCCUGGCCCAAACCCUUCUAGGCAGAGGGGGCAGUGGGAUUCAAUUUAACUGGAAAACACGGUCUACAAUAUGCAUUGGCGUUGCACGGGGGCUUGCAUUCCUUCACGAGGAACUUAGGCCACAUAUUGUUCAUAGAGACAUCAAAGCAAGCAAUGUUCUUCUUGACAAGGACCUAACGCCCAAGAUCUCGGAUUUUGGUCUCGCAAAGCUUUUCCCAGAGCAGGUGACUCAUAUCAGCACACGUGUUGCAGGAACACUAGGUUAUUUGGCCCCAGAGUACGCUAUACGAGGUCAACUGACAAGGAAAGCAGAUAUUUACAGUUUUGGUGUUCUUCUCCUGGAAAUUGUUUGUGGGAGAUGCAACAACAACACGCGACUUCCUAUUGAGGAACAAUAUCUUCUUGAAUGGGUGUGGGAAUUGUAUGAGCGGGGGGAGCUUCCGCAGUUGGUUGACAAAACAUUGGAAGGGGACUAUGAUGUGGAUGAAGCUUGCAAAUUCUUCAAAAUUGGUCUUCUUUGCACCCAAGAUAUGGCAAAGAUCCGGCCAUCCAUGUCUGAAGUGGUGAAAAUGCUGACGGGCGAGAUGCAUGUGGAUGAUGAGAAGAUCUCAAAACCAGGCCUAAUUUCUGAGCUAAUGGGACUCAAACGUAAAAAGGAUUCAUCAGACCUGAUAUCCGGAGAAACCAAGAAGGUGGAUGACUCAUCAUCAGGGAGCAGGGACUUUACAUGUGCAACCAUGACUUUCACGUCAAUCUCUGCCCGAAGUAAUUGAGUUGUAAAAGAGGAAGAGAUGUAUUUUUUUCUUCUUCUUCUGGUUGCAUUUGUGAAUUGGAUAUGUAGGUUUUGAAUCUAUGGUCUGUCAAAAGCAAUUAUCUUUUGCGUAUGUUAUAGAGUCUUGACUACCUUUGAGUUUACGAAGCCAGUUCAAGAAUAUCAUGACUGUGGCUUCUAUUCGACAUGGGGCAUCCGAACACUUCUUCACUGUCCUUCUCUGGAUCCACCGACAAAUCAAAUGAGUUCACAAUGACGUGCCAUCAAGAUCUUCACUGCCAGAUACAGGGAUGCUUGGUUUCAGACAUUAUAUACUGGUGAAAAGGAACUUUUCAUUGCUAAUAAGGCAUGUACGCUUCUUUCUUACCUCUUUUUUCCGUCUGAAUUUUGAGAUAUUGUGAAGGCAACAGUAUAUAGUAUAUAGUAAAAUUCUUUUGCGCGUAUCC